AUGGCUCCCGAGACCCCGGCCCAGGGGCAGACCCCCGCCCAGGGGCAGACCCAGCGCUACUUCACCUGGGACGAAGUGGCCCAGCGCUCUGGGCGUGAAAAAGAGCGGUGGCUCGUUGUUGACCGAAAGGUGUACAACAUCAGCGAAUUCGUCCGUCGGCAUCCCGGGGGCUCCCGGGUCAUCAGCCACUACGCGGGGCAGGAUGCCACGGAUCCCUUUGUGGCGUUCCACAUCAACAAGGGCCUUGUGGGGAAGUAUAUGAACUCCCUCCUGAUUGGAGAGCUGUCUCCGGAGCAGCCCAGCUUUGAGCCCACUAAGAAUAAAGAGCUGACUCAUGAGUUCCGGGAGCUGCGGGCCACGGUGGAGCGCAUGGGGCUCAUGAAGUCCAACCCUGUCUUCUUCCUGCUGUGCCUGCUGCACAUCCUGCUGCUGGACCUCGCCGCCUGGCUCACUCUCUGGCUCUUGGGGACGUCCUUCGUGCCCUUCCUCCUGUGUUCCGUGCUGCUCAGUAUAGUUCAGGUCCAGGCUGGCUGGCUGCAGCAUGACUUUGGACACCUGUCCGUCUUCGGCACCUCUAAGUGGAACCACCUGAUACAUCAUUUUGUGAUCGGUCACCUGAAGGGGGCCCCUGCCAGCUGGUGGAACCACCUGCACUUCCAGCACCAUGCCAAGCCCAACUGCUUCCGCAAAGACCCUGACAUCAACAUGCACCCCUUCUUCUUUGCCCUGGGGAAGGUCCUCUCUGUGGAGCUGGGGAAACAGAAGAAAAAGUACAUGCCCUACAACCACCAGCACAAAUACUUUUUCCUGAUUGGGCCCCCAGCCUUGCUGCCUGUCUACUUCCAGUGGUAUAUUUUCUACUUUGUUAUCAAGAGGAAGAAGUGGGUGGACUUAGCCUGGAUGAUCACCUUCUACGUCCGCAUCUUCUUCACUUACGUGCCGCUGUUGGGACUGAAAGGCUUCCUGGGGCUUUUCUUCAUGGUCAGGUUCCUGGAAAGCAAUUGGUUUGUGUGGGUGACACAGAUGAACCACAUCCCCAUGCACAUCGACCAUGACCGCAACAUGGACUGGGUCUCCACCCAGCUCCAGGCAACAUGCAACGUCCACAAGUCAGCCUUCAAUGACUGGUUCAGUGGCCACCUCAACUUCCAGAUUGAGCACCAUCUUUUCCCCACGAUGCCUCGACACAAUUACUACAAAGUGGCUCCCCUGGUGCAGUCCCUGUGUGCCAAGCAUGGCAUAAAGUACCAGUCCAAGCCCCUGCUCUCAGCCUUCGCUGACAUUGUCCACUCACUGAAGGAGUCCGGGCAGCUUUGGCUAGAUGCCUAUCUCCACCAAUAA